AUGGUGUGCUCACCGUACACCCUUGGUCAAGCUCAAGCACACCUACGUGCAUCUCCUGUCGGGUCGCGUAUCGAAUUCAUCCAAGCCGAUCCACUCGAUUUUCUGGAAGGCACAACAAAGACUUACACGACUGCUGUGCUCGCGCAGUGUGUCUGGUAUUUCUCCUCUCCAAAGACGUUCACUAAAAUCCUUGCUGCACUCGCCCCCCGUGUCCAGCGGAUAUGCAUAUCCGAAUACGCGCUAACUGCCACGGACCCACGCGCUACACCCCAUGUUCUUGCAGCACUAACCCAGGCGUCCCUCGAAUGUCGAAAGCCAAGAUCCGAAAGCAAUAUUCGCACAGUCCUGUCUCCGGCAGCACUUAAAUCUGCUGCGGCUGGCAUAGGACUUGUCCUUGUGAAGGAAGAAAUUGUCAUCCCUCCAGAGGGCAUGUUCGAUGGAAGAUGGGAAGUGAGCGCUGUGCUCGCGGAUGAAUUUGAGAAGGAGGUCCUCGCGCGUAUCGAGGAUGAGAGAGAAAAGGCAUUGGUGUUGGCGAUGAGGGAUGGCGUGAAGUCUGCGAGGGAUGCGAUGAAGGCGCGUGGUGAGGCUGUCCUCACGAUGGACAUUUGGCUAGCAACGUACACAAUCAGUAAAAUUGACUAA